AUGACCACUCAAACGACGCUGGCUUCGCCACUGCUCCUCACUGCUAUUAGAUUAAUCUACGACGAUUCUAAAGUUAAACUGCCUGAUGGCGACCCCGAUCAGCAGACAAAUAAAGUCGGAGGCUGCGAAGAGGCAUACGUAUCUAUCCCUAAGGAAAGAAAGCAACCCAGUGCUAGCAAGCGUGUGUCAACGACAGCUGUUGAAAGUCCUCUUGGGAUUAACCAAUACAGCCUAAUGUCAGUCAAAGAAGUUCCGAACGGCAAUGAAGAAGUCGACAAUAUUACUGAAGCAAUACACGUUAUAAAACCAACUACACGAUCAGACAGUAGUCGUACAAGACGCAGACACCCAAAUACCAACUCUGAAGUCGGUACACAGAUACAGAAAGACCAACAUCAAUCACGCGACAAAGGUUGGCUCUAA